ACACACACUCACUCUCUCCCUCUCUAUCACACACACGCGCUCUCUCCCUCAUCCCUCUCUCUCCCUCUCUCUCCCCCUCUCUCUCUCUCUCUCUCCCACGCGCAUCGCUCAGUUACAUCGCGCGCUUCGAGCACGUCCUUUUUCUCUACUUCACUCUUUUUUUCUCUCUCUCGGAUAAAAGAAACAGGGAUUUUUUCCUCUUUUGUCCGGCUUCUGUCCACUCGCAAGAUAACUGGAGUGGUACUGUAACAGUGCGAGCCCUGGCCUGUGAGAAAUGGCUCAGUAGUAGCACCAGGGAUGCCGGACCAUGACAGUGAGUCCCUCCUAAACCGACAGACCAAAAGAAGACGAGUGGACAUCGGCGUGAAGAGAACCGUGGGUUCAACUUCCACACCUACACCGGCAGCCUCAGCUGACAGUAUCGCAGCCCGCGCAGCCAAAUCCGCCGCCAUCUUCGGGGCCAUGAACGCCCAUCACAGCCGGGAGCAGGACCUGCUGGAGUGCCAAGGGACACAGCUCGGGCACGAGGAUGCCACUGAGACCAAAUCCAAUGUGCUCCGGAAGCUUCUUAAGAGGGCCAACUCAUACGAGGACGCGAUGAUGCCCUUUCCUGGUGCCACCAUCAUUUCACAGCUUCUGAAAAGCAACAUGGCAAAAAAUGGAGGAAGUGGAGGAGCAGAUCCAGGGUUCCCUGGUAGUGCCCUCUCCAGCACAGGAUCUGAGGUGCCUCAGGAGGAUGCAUGCAGUAACUCGUCCCAGGACAGCCCUCAGGAGUGCCUCUCGCCCUUCGGCCGCUCCACACUGGGUCAUUUUGAUGUUGAACGACUCAAUGAUGAACACCUUCGAGCUAAGCGGGCUCGCGUAGAGAACAUCAUACGGGGAAUGAGCCACUCCCCCAGUGUUAUGAUGCCGUCAAACUCCAGCACAAAGGAACGAGAGCGGGAUGGUGAUGGAGAAGUAGAAGGUCCUCAGCAGCCGUCCAGCCCACGUGAUGGCUACCGCGAGAACAAGCGCAAGCAGAAGCUUCCUCAACAGCAACAGAGCUUCCAGCAGCUGGUGUCAGCGCGCAAAGAGCAAAAGGUGGAGGAACGCAGGCAGCUCAAGCUGCAGCUUGAGGACAUGCAGAAACAGCUGCGACAGCUGCAAGAGAAGUUCUUUCAGAUUUAUGAUAGCACUGACUCUGAAGGGAAUGACCCAGAGCAUGAUGGAGGAAACCUCUCAGAAGACAGCGGCCGUUCUGACGCUGGACUCAUUGAUGGCGAUAUUGAUGAGCGCCCUGUGCGGGAUUCUGCUGCCGAUCGUUCCGAUAACGAAAUGUCAGACUUGGAUCCAGAGCACUUUCUGGACCGGGCAAGGGCAUUGCUAAAGGAACAAGCCCUGCUAGAUGGAGAGAAGCCCAAAAGGGAGGGUGUGCUGAGGAGCAAGGGUCAAGGCCCAACUUCUAUGCAUGCAGAAGGCAAACAGCUGGCUGAGACGCUGAAGCAGGAACUGAAUUCCGCCAUGUCACAGGUUGUAGACACUGUAGUAAAAGUCUUCGCAAAACCUCCACGGCCUCUCCCACAGGUUUUCCCACCACUUCCUGCACCUCAGGAUCGUUUCAGCAUCAAUGGAGACAACCCGAACUUUCACACAGCCAAUCAGAGGCUUCAGUGCUUUGGCGAUGUCAUAAUCCCCAGCCCUCACGAAUCAUUUGGUGGAGUCCCGCUCCCCAGUGCCAACGAUCAGACUGAGGCACUGCCUCUAGUGGUGCGCAAGUCUGCAUCCGAGCACCACCACCAGUCAUCAGCCGUGGGUGCUCAUGGAGGCCACCACCAUCCCUCCCUCCAUCCCUCCUCCCUCUCCGCCAACAUGGGCUUCAGUCCGCCAUCUUUUCGCCAUCCCUUUCCUCUUCCUCUCAUGGGGUACCCCUUCCAGGGCCCGCUUGGUGCCCCAUCGGUAGGGUACCCAGGCAAAGACAGAGGCUCACCUGAUUCCAUGGACCUCUCACGGGAGACCACCAGCUUACGGACCAAGAUGGCAUCAAACCACCAUAUGGGGCACCAUCGGUCCUGUUCGCCAACCCACCCUGGGAGCACAGCUGAGAGUCUGUCUCUAUCACUCAUCAAGUCUGAGUGUGGAGACCUUCAGGACAUGUCUGACAUCUCGCCAUAUUCAGGGAGUACAAUUCAGGAAGGGCUUUCCCCCAACCACCUGAAGAAGGCCAAGCUCAUGUUCUUCUACACCAGGUACCCCAGCUCCAACAUGCUGAAGAUGUUCUUCUCUGAUGUUAAGUUUAACAGGUGUAUCACGUCUCAGUUGAUAAAGUGGUUCAGUAACUUUCGGGAGUUCUAUUACAUCCAGAUGGAGAAGUUUGCACGACAGGCCAUCAACGACGGAGUGACCGGAGCGGAGGAGAUCGCGGUCAGCCGAGACUCGGAGCUGUUCAGGGCGCUCAACAUGCACUACAACAAGGCCAACGACUUCGAGGUUCCUGAACGUUUCCUGGAGGUGGCUCAGAUCACACUGCGGGAGUUCUUCAAUGCCAUCGUGGCGGGGAAAGACGUGGACCCCUCUUGGAAGAAGGCCAUCUACAAGGUCAUCUGCAAGCUGGACUCAGAAGUUCCAGAGAUAUUCAAAUCCCCCAACUGUCUCCAGGAACUUCUUCACGAGUGAACGAUUCCCAAAAGUCUGCUUGUUGUUUUCCUAUGAUGAUUUGAAUUUCUUUCUUUCCUCCUUUUUUUUUCUUCUCGAGUUUUAUAGCUCUCCUUUUUCUCUUCUUGUUUUUGAAUGUAUGGCAUAUGAAGUAGCAUUCCUGAGCUUUUCUUUUUUCCUGGGGUGAUCUAGUUGUUAAAUUUGAGAUUCUUCUUCGUCUUUGACUUUAACUUUUUUUUUUUUUUUUUGUGUUUUAUAUUUGGAAAGACUUUGAUAUCCCAGUAGGGGCCCCCUUUGACUUUUGCCUGCCCACUCUGUCUGGAAUUCUGGGUAAAAAUGCUCACAACACCCCUAAUAAUGAAGCCAAACAACUCAGUGAACUAGUAUGACCGAUGUAAAGUUGACUUGGGCUUGUCAAACUGAAGUUUUUGAAGCGUGCUUUUUUUUCUUCUGGAGAUUAGGGCAUUGCAUUUAUAGGGUGUAUAGAAUUAUUAUUAUUAUUAUUUCUAUUAUUAUUGUUAUUUUAUUAUUGUUGGUGUUCUUGUUGUUCUUGUUGUUCCUGCUUGGGUAAGACUGGCACUUGGAGGGUUUUUUUUUUCUUUUUCGUUUCAUGAUAAGGUUGCAAGAAAUAAAUUAUUAUUCCAAAAUGUAAAUCUCUAUAUGCAAAACUAUAUUACAGACUGUACGCCCGAAUGGACUUCACACUAGAAUAGCUUUGGUCCUAUCCCAGGUUCUUUUUCUUCGGUUUAUAUGGGUCCAAGGGUUGACAUUUUGGCUGCUUUGAAGGCACCAAUCAAAGCAUUUGAAUGGACAUCGUAACCCCGCCCUCUUUUUUUUUUUUCUUUUUUUUAAUGCUACACAGCCAUUUUUGGUUUUGAAUUCUCUGGUUUUUGCACAGAAAACAGUACAAAACCAUACAAACCAUACAAACCGUACAAACAGUACAAACAGUACAAACAGUACAAACGCUUUUCGUCAUUAAAUGAACGCUACUGCAAUUUUCCAAUGACUUUAAAACAUCAGCGCACACACAGCUGUGUCCUGCUUACUCAGAUGCUGUGUGUGCUUGGCACUCGUUCAGUUUAAGAUAGACGCCUCUUUGCGUGCCGGACGCUGGGGAGGUCAUCUCCUCAAGGCCGAAUUUUAGGAUGACCACAGUUCGGACAUAGACGUCUAAAAAUACGUCACCGUGCAACCAUCUCAAGAACAUAAACGCAAAACAAGCCCACUUCUCAUUCCAGAGGAAUCAUUCUGAACCUUCGAGUGUGUGUGUGUGUGUGUGUGUGUGUGUGUGUGGUUUCGGGAGAGUGUCUAGACGGCCUCCAGCCCUUUUCUGCGCGAGUGUUUUCUUUCUUUUUUUUUUUUUUUGCUGUGUGGUAAUUAGCUCAGUAUUUUUAUGGUGUUUCUUGAAUACAGAAUUGCUAUGAGAUGAAAGUCAACCACGUUUGUUUGAAAAGGACACAAUAUGAAUUCAAUCCUUGCGUUUUUCUUUUUUUUUCUGGAUGUUACGAUUGAAAGUUUGUACUGUAUGGAUAUGAAUUUUAAAAAAUGCACUUACCUGUUGUUCAGUGGAGGCAAUGACAUUGGAUUUUAUUUAAUAAAGAUUGAAAAUAUACUUGAAAA